AUGCGCAGUAUUCCCUCUUUAAACAGCUACGAAUGGGGCUCGACGUUCUCCAUUAGUUUAUGGUUUCAAACUGGCCAAUAUGUGACAAGGCAACAAGGUGGGCUGAUAAACAAUUUUAAUGUAACUACUACCAACGCAUCGAUCGCGAACGAAACCCAUACAGUUACUACUGGAAGUUGGGAUAUAUUCCUUAAAAAAGGCGAGAUUGAGGAACAGAGAAUAAUUGGUGCAACGAUCGUGACGUCACAUGCCAACAAAACCUGGGAUGACAUUGCUGUGAUCCGUGCGCAUCAUUGGUAUCAUUUGGCGAUGACAUACGACGGUGAAACCAUUAAUUUCUACCUCAACAAUCACCUUGUGUUAAGCGACUCCCAGUGUUGUCAUGGUGACAUCGUCAGCACACAUACCGACGUUGUGAUUGGUCGAAAUUACAAUGAAGGGAGUUUCAACGGAUAUAUUGACGAAUUGAAAUUGUUUAAAAAAGCGCUCACUUCUCAGGAGAUUACAAAGUUGUAUCAGCUAAAAGUUGUUUAA